GACGGAGGGAAGUGAAUGGGGAAUCAAGAGGCUGGAGUGCGCGGCAAGUGGCUGCUCCUUACAAAUGAGCCUCCAGGCAGCUUUAUCUCCCCACCCUCUCCCGGCCGAAAGAGGAGGGGCGGCGAAAUGUGGCCGCUCGCUGCGUCGGAGGAGAAGAGGGGAGGAGGGGAUUUGUGGGGGGGGGGGAGAGAAGAGGAGCAGUGGCCCGUGCGCGCCUCUUGUUCCCGGUGUGAUUUGCAGCCAAUCAUCAGUAGGUGUCCACAUCCCCGCAUCCUCCUCACCUCCUCGGCGCUGCGGAGCCUUCUCACUCCUCGCACCCCCCCCACCUCCCCCGUUCCCCUCCGCCUCCUCGCUUCCUUCCCCUCCUCCUGCAACCACACACACGCAGGCACGCACAAACAGCGAGGGGGAGAGCGAGUCCCCCCGGCUGCCACCCUCCCUCCAUCGCACACAGCGACAGGAGAGACGGACGGAGCGCAGCGCGCAGGGAGAGACCACCGAGCACCGCCGCCGCCGCCAAGCGCUCUCACACAUUCAUGCGCGCACACACACACACACACACUCACCCACACAUUCAGUGCCUGCUCUUCCCUCUUCCCCCUCCCUUCCCUCCGCCUUUCUCUGCAACCAGAAAAAAAGAGGCACUUACAGGUAUUUGCUUAGUGGAUCGGAGUCUUUAUUUCUUUCCCACCAAGCCUCCCCACCCCCAACCCGCAUCACCGCCCUGUACAGUUUGUUUACAAGUAUCAAAGUUGUAAUUGAGGAGCGGCCAAAGAAAGACACCUCGGGAUAUUUUUCUUUUCUGUGUGUUUUUUUUUUUUACCCUCUCCUUUGUGUUAGGGAGUGAUGUGCAACUAAAUAAAGACAAGCAGGCGGGUUAAACGUCUUGCAAAUCCAAGCCCCCAGUCCCCCCCAAAACACAGAGACUGUGGCGACGGUGCCCGGGCUUGAGAAUGCCAAGGAAGAGCCGGCUGCCUGAGACUUCGCCGUCUGGAGAGAUGCCCCCGCAAGAGGAUUAGAGGAUAUCGCUUCCCCCCCUUCCCUUCCCCUCCCUUCGACCCCUCCGGCCACCCAGCCCCCGUCUCCGCCCCCCCGACGGCUCCAGUGGCCCUCCUCCCGGCCCUGCCCUUCCCUCCCCUGGCCCUCCCCGGACCCCCCUUCCUCUCCUCCUCCUCCUCCUCCUUCCCUCCCACCCUGUUGCCCCAAGCCCACCCGCACCCCUUGGGCACCAUGAACACCAACGUGUGCGUGGAGACGGGGCCCAACCCGGAGGCGCCGGGGCUGCCCAAGGAGAACCACCUGCCCGACGGCGCCCUCAACAGCCUUGUGGAUUACAACUCGGAGAUGGAGCGCUACCGCUCCUUCGCCACCUUCUACAAGACCAACGGCGGGGCCUUCCCUCAGGCGGCCAAGAUCGCGCGCAUCACCACCCCCAUUUUUCCCACCGCCGCCGCCGCCGCCGCCGCACGCAUCGGCAUGUCCCCCUGGAACUGCGACACGGCCACGGCGGCCGCCGCCACCGCCAUGCUGUGGGGCAGCGGCGCAGGAGGCGGGGGCGCAGGCGUCGGCGGGCCUAACCCGGCGGCCGCCGCGGCAGGCGGCGUGGCCCGGAAAGCAGCUGCCGUCGCCGCCGCCGCCGCCGCCUCGUCGGUCGCCGCGCCGCCGCCGCCGUCGGCUUCCUCGCCCGCCUCUUCUCUGCACGCCGCCGGCAGGAGCGGCGGCGGCGGCGGCGGGAGUUUGCACCAUCGGAACGAGUCCCAGCGGCUCGGCAAGCCUGGCUGCGCGCCAGCCGAGCAGCCCUCGUUGCAAAUGGCCAAUAAUAAUUUCCUCUCCACCUUAGCCCCGGAACACUGCAGACCUUUGGCUGGGGACUGCAUGAACAAGCUCAAAUGCGGCGCCGCUGAAGCAGAGAUAAUGAAUCUCCCCGAGCGCGUGGGGACUUUUUCCGCUAUCCCGGCUUUAGGGGGCAUCUCAUUACCUCCCGGGGUCAUCGUCAUGACAGCCCUGCACUCCCCCGCAGCAGCCUCGGCAGCCGUCACAGACAGCGCGUUUCAAAUUGCCAAUCUGGCAGACUGCCCGCAGAGCCAUUCCUCCGCCUCUUCGUCGUCCUCCUCCUUGGGAGCCGCCGGAGGAGGGGGAGGAGGCGGGGGUGGUGGUGGAGGAGGAGGAGGGGGCGGCAGCGGCGGCGCGGGAGGAGGAGGAGGGGGCGGCGGCAACCCAGCCAAGAAGAAGAGGAAAAGGUGUGGGGUCUGCGUGCCCUGCAAGAGGCUCAUCAACUGUGGAGUCUGCAGCAGUUGCAGGAACCGCAAAACGGGACACCAGAUCUGCAAAUUUAGGAAAUGUGAAGAGCUAAAGAAAAAACCUGGCACUUCGCUAGAGAGAACACCUGUUCCCAGCGCUGAAGCAUUCCGAUGGUUCUUUUAAGCAGUAGCAUAUCUUAUUUUCAAGGCAGCCUGAAGUGAAAGCUGUCCAGUAUCAUCAUCAGCACCAGUACAGGUGUAUUCUUAUCAUACACUCUGCUAUUACUACCUGGAGCAAAGUUGUUCAAAAGAAGAUUUAAUAAUGUCUCUUUCAAAUAUUCCCAGGACACCAUGUUGUAUGACAGGGAAGAUACAGGCAGUAACAGUUAAUCUUCAUAAGCGUUAUCUUAUAGGAACAAUUAUGCUCAGAAAAGUUUAACAAAAUAGGUUUUAAAGCAGGGAUGGGCAACUGGGACCCCUUAAUAACCUAUGAACUUCAACUUCUGGGCUCAGGAAUUCUGGGAGUUGAAGUUUACAGGUCAUAAAGGGGCCAUAGUUGCCCACCUCUGAUUUAAAGUAUAGGCAGACAUACAGUUUCAAUGUUGCAGAGCUACAGCAGAAUGGUUUGUUACACAAAAUGAAAACAAUUUCAUAUGUUGAGAGGAACAGGAAAUCUCUCAGUUAAUGUAUUUACUUUCCGCUAGAGGUAGGGGUAGGGAAUGAUGGCCGUUUUAUGACUUGUGGACUUGAACUCCCAGAAUUCCUGAGCCAGCCAUGCUGUUGAAGUCCACAAGUUGUAAAGGGGCUAUUGUUCCCCAUCUCUGUUCUAGAGGUUGCUUUAUAGAUCUUUUAUUAGGGGAAAAAGAUACCUGAAAUUAUUUUUCUCAGUUUAUAAUAUUUAGCUCUUAGACUAGUUUGUAUAUGUAGGUGAGGUUACAUCUUUUCUUCUGUCUGAAAGACAUGAAACUCAGAAUGUCUUUUAAGGUGUUCUCAAAUGUUAGCACUUCUAAUAGAAUUGAAAGUUGAAAAUAGAUUGUGAUCUUUUUCUCUUUACCCUGAUCAGACAUUUAAUUUAUUAUUACCCUAUUCAGAAAUAACACACGAAUGUGGAACAGUUAAAAAAAAAAUUCUCUAUGCAGAUUUCUUCAUGGCUAUAGCCAUCUCAUCAAAAUUUAGGCUUGCAAAGUAGUUGAUUGGCAGGAAAAAAAGUGAUAGGAGGAGUACAGUGUGAAGGGAAUUGCAUGGCUUCAAUUGAUCUAAAAUGGAUUUUGUGAAGCUAGAGAACUUGUUCAGGAUUCUGCAAUUUGCCAGCAAAUAAUUUCUUUUUAUAAUUUUUUUUUUUUAAAAAAAUCAGUAUAACUUUUGUGAUUGCCAGAAAGAUGGGAUUGAAAACAGACUGGCAGUUACCAGAGUCUUAGAACAUAGAACUUGUUGAGAAUACGCAUUGACAAUUUUUAUAUUCUUUAUUACUGACAUUAACUUUCCCCAUCAUACUUUUGGGUUUUUCAUUUGUUCAUAAUUGCCCUAUCAUAUUUAACAAUUGUAGAUUUUUCUCACUUGCAACAAAUAAUACGUUGGUGAAGAUUUUUUUUAAUCCCAUAAUUGGAAGUACAGAAACAGUACUGGACAUCUAUUCUCUUUAUGUGCAAUUCCUUAUUGAGUCUUUAUCCUUAAAACAGAAACUGUAUUCCAGCGUUUCCCAUUAGAAAAAUAUAUGGUUCAAAUAUAUGCAAAGCUUAGUACUUUGCAUAAUUUAUUCCACUUGUGGAACAUCUUGUCACAGAAUAUGAAAUUUUCAAUGCAUAAUUCUAAUGUAUACAAAGAUAAUAAUAAGACGAAAUAUCUACAUAGCAUUUUUCUUUCAGCAGUUUGUUAUAUUUCAUUUUAUUUUGUCACAGAGCAAAGAAGGAAGCUUGAAGGUACUUUGGCCAGUAGCAAAGUAUUACGAUUUAAAAGGAGCAGAAAAGGCCAUUACUAUGAAUCAUUUCCCUCUCUGACUUCUUUUCAACAAAUACGUUUUUUAUCAUUUUUA